AUGUCCCCCCACGAGACGUCCUCGAUGAGUCUGAUUGCAGCUCAUGGCGGACCGACCGCAGUUGGCCAGCUUGGCGAUGCUGCAGAGGAUGAUGGCAUGCUGAACCAACGCCGCGUCAUCGGUAUCACCGGCCUGCCCCGCGAGAUCCUGAGGGAUAUCUUCGAAUUCUUCCAGCACCCAGCUACUGUUGGGCAAAAGAUAGGCCUGGAAUCCAUCGACAUAAGAUUCGGCGAGGACCAGCUCAAGAACAUUCAGAACUUACGGCUUGCGUGCAAACUUUUCGACGAGGAGGCGUCUCCGCUGCUGGUGCCUAUCAUCCGUGUUGCAUUCGAUCAGCCGUCCCUCGACCGUGUCUUGGGUCUCCUCGGAAAUCCGCGCAUCGCGGCUGGAGUUCUUGCCAUCAAGGUAGAGCUCAGAUACUAUUUCAACGUCGUGGCAGCUAGCCUUUCAGACUUCGCUAGAUACCGGAUGGUCGAUAUUCACUACGUGGAAGACUAUUUUAUGCACCUUGAGAUUGCGGACACAAUGACUGCCGCACGAGCUGGUCGGGCACUCUCGCGGGAGAUUUAUAAUUCGCACGUACUCAGUUGCCAAAGAAGCAGGUCCUUCGGUUUUGCGUGUAGGCGACACAUUCGCGAGCAAUCGACUCCACACACCAGGCCUGAAACACCAGAUCCGGGGGCUGAUCCAAAUCAAGUUGAGCAAUAUUACGACAUGAUUGGUGUAGCGUAUGAGAAAUACAAAGUGCAAUGUCAUGACCAGCAUCGCAUCGCAACAGAGAAGUCGCUUGUCAACGGGUUGGCAAAGCUGGUAUCUCUCUCAGGCCGCCGGGUGUGCCUCAGCAUUUUUGAGAAGGGCUGCACUCACGGUCGUCGCUUUCCAGAUAACCCAGAAUUUGGUAGAGAGCUUGAGGCACCGGACGGCUGGAACGAGUUUUGGGGACUAAGGCAGCGACCAAUUGAGGCUGAGCUGGCCAGGCAACUUAACAUUAUUUGGGACCUUCCGAUCGCCAUCCAUAAAGCAGGGGGCAUCUUCGAUAGCUUUGAGAUCCAGCAUUUGGUCGCAGAUAUAGACUACAGGCUGCUCUGUCCGGAGUCCUUGUCGCCAGGAGGGCACCAACUUGACCAGUUACGCGCUGCUUGCCAGCAUCUGAGAAUAUUUCGAUUUGAAGGCCUGCAGCACAGAAAGCGUCCCGAAGAAAGCAUCACCCAAAACUUCCAGAUGGCUAAUACGUCUGUCAGCGACUUUUUGCAAACUGUUCUCUCAAGCCGACUGCUAGAGGAAGUCGAUGUGACUGGGCCGAUGAAGGCAUGGGAACGCGUACAAGGUCGGCGAAGCACAUGGUUUCUCGGCAGAACUAUCUCAAAUCUCCAUUUCCAGCAUCUAAGCACUAUUUCCCUUGGGCAGAUGUCCAUAUUCCCGCGCCACAUGACAUUCCACAGACGAGACCUGAGGUUUAGGCCCACGAUAUCCAUGACAGGUCUAACGGGUGGCAAUUUUGGAAUGCUAAGAGACCAAUUAGCCCGUGCUACUGCCACGGCUGAAGAGCCAAGCCCGGCAGGCGAGACAACGCCCCAGGCUAUCGACGACAAGCUGUUGGAACACAAGCUGUUGGAACUGUUCCAAGCGUACAUCACAAGUGAUCAGGAACUUGCCAAUCCGGGGCUUGGAAAUUUUGAAAAUUGA